AUGAGUUUUGAUGAUAUAAAAACAGUUGAUGGAAAAAUUUAUCCUACCUUUAAAGAUGCAUGCCUCGCUCGCGGUCUGUUGGAUGAUGAUAAUGAGUAUAUAAUUGCCAUGAAGGAAGCAAGCACAUGGUCCACUUCUGAUUUCUUGCGUACAUUUUUUGUAAUGUUGUUGAUGUCAAAUUCCAUUUCUAGGCCUGGUCAUUUCUGGACACAAACAAAAUCUCUGUUGUGUGAAGAUAUAUUAUAUCAUCAACGGAGGGUUACUGGUAUUUCUGAUUUGGUUCUUCCAGAGGAAGAGAUUGAAACCAUUUGCUUAUCACAUAUCGAAAAAUUGUUACUUGCUUAUGGAAGUACAUUAAGCUGCUUUUCUGACAUGCCAAAUGUUCCUGGGAACUACAUUUCAGCAUUGAACAAUCAAAUGAUAAUGAAAGAACUUUCCUAUGAUCGGAGUAGCUUAAAAAAGGAACUUGCAUCUUUCUUAAAAUCUUUAACUGAUGAACAGCAAAAAGUGUAUCAAACUGUCAUGAAUGCAGUUGCUAAAGGAAAUGGAGGUGUUUUCUUUCUAUAUGGUUACGGUGGAACUGGUAAAACAUUUCUCUGGAAAACAUUUGCAGCUGCGUUACGCUCCAAAGGUGAAAUUGUUUUGAAUGUUGCAUCUAGUGGUAUUGCAUCACUUCUAUUAGAUGGCGGUAGAACAGCUCAUUCCAGAUUUGUAAUUCUGAUAAACGUUAACGAGGAUUCUAUAUGUUUUAUAGAACCGCACAGUGAGCUAGGAGGCUUAAUAAAAGAAACUAAGAUGAUAAUCUGGGAUGAAGCGCCAAUGACACAUAAGCAUUGUUUUGAAGCUUUGGAUAGAACAAUGAGAGAUAUAGUCCGUUCCAAUAAUUCGUCCUUGCAGUCCAAGGCUUUUGGCGGAAAGAUAGUCCUUUUUGGCGGUGAUUUUAGACAAAUCCUUCUGAUCAUUCCAAAAGGUACCAGAAGCAUGAUUGUAAAUUCUUCAUUGAAUUUUUCUUAUAUAUGGCAGGAUUGUCAGUUACUCAAACUAACUAAAAACAUGAGGUUAAAAGUCGGUACAAAAGCAAGUAAUCUUCAGGAGACCAAGGAAUUUGCUGAAUGGAUUUUACGCCUUGGUGAUGGUCUACUUGGUGAUCCAAAUAAUGGAGAGGUAGAGAUUGAAAUUCCAGAUGAUCUACUUAUAUUAGAUGAAAUCAAUCCUAUAUCUUCAUUGAUCUCAUUCACAUAUCCGGAUAUGCAAAACUUUAUGUGGGAUUCAAAUUACUUUCAACAAAGAGCCAUUCUUGCUCCCACAAAUGAUGUUGUUGAUUCAAUAAACACAGAACUGUUAAAUAGUAUCGUUGGUGAAGAGAAGAUAUAUCUAAGUUCGGAUUCUUUAUGUGAUACUGAGCAACAAACCGACCUUGACAUGGCGUUGUUUCCUCCAGAUGUGCUAAACAAAAUGCAUUUAUCAGGAUUACCUAACCAUAAAUUGGUUCUUAAUGUUGGAGCUCCGGUAAUGUUACUUAGAAACAUUGAUCAAACAAAUGGUUUGUGUAACGGUACACGACUUCAAGUAACAAAACUUGGAAAACUUGUAAUUGAAGCAAAGAUUAUUACCGGAACUAAUAUAGGUCAUCAUACUUUGAUUUCAAGAUUGAAAAUGACACCAAGCGAUAAAAGAUUACCGGUGAAAAUUGCACGAAGACAGUUCCCACUAUCCCUGUGCUUUGCAAUGACCAUCAACAAAAGCCAGGGACAAUCACUUGAACGUGUAGGACUAUAUCUUCCACGUCCGGUUUUUAGUCACGGGCAACUAUACGUAGCUGUAUCUCGAGUAAAGAGUAUGAGCGGUUUGAAGAUUUUGAUAUGUGACAGAGGAAAACAAGUGUGUAAAACCACAACUAACGUGGUCUACAAAGAAGUUCUACAAAAUCUAUAG